ACUGAACUAGAACAGGAUAACACAAGAACCAGAUCGUGUUUGUAAGAUUACGAUAAAGCAAGGGUCGAAAUGGAACUAUCUGGGGACAUGGACCACCAUGACAUGUCUGGUGAUAUGGACCAAGAUACGGGUAAAAUGGAUACUGGUGGUGAUGCAAUGGAUCAUGGUGGAACUGACAUUUCACACGGGAGUAUAUUCUACGCGAGCCGUUACGCCAGCAUACUGUUUAAAGGAGCAAACACCACCUCACCAGCCGGCCUCAUCCUAGCAGUGGUUAUCGUCCUGAUAGUGUCCAUAAGUUUCGAAGUGUUGCGGAGGUACAAGGCUUACUUUGACGACCCACUGGGAAAGUGCAAGUGUUUGUGUGGAGGCCAAGAAACUGUGGUUGUACAGAUGAGAGGAUCAGUUUUGGAUGAUAAACCUGGCGAGAAGACUUGUUGCCGAAAAGACGACGCUGUCAUCUUACCCGGUACCUCUAAAAAUGGUAACGCUGCUAAAAAGAUACAGAAAAUGUGUCUCAGACACAGGACGAUCUACACAGCAGUCUCAGUCACAGUCCACAUGCUCUCCCUGACCAUCAGCUACUUCCUCAUGCUGGUUGCCAUGACAUUCAACGUGUGGUUGUUCCUAGCUGUUAUCUUAGGAUCUGGUUUGGGGAAGCUAAUUACCAUGACACUGAUGGAGUAUAAAGAGGAAACUUCUCAAUCGCACUGUAACAUGCCCUGAAAAAACAUCUCCUAGCAUGUUCAAUGUUCUUAUUUUACGAUAUAUUGUUUGUUUUACCACAGUCAGAGGGAACACUAACAGAUAAGGGGAGUUGGUCACAGUUAUAAAAGUUUGGCUGUUUUAGUGAUUCUUAUUUAAUAUGAAUUUUUGAUUUUGCAGUCUUCGAAGAUUUUAAUUAUAGGCUACAGCAGAGCCUAUUGAUAGCUGAUGCCGGUACAACAUCACUAGAUUUUGAACAAUUAAUUUUGUUUAGACUUGAUUAAUUUAUGUUUAACUUGUAUUUCUUAUAAAAACCAUUUCAACAUUCUUAAAAAUCUGUUUACACUUUGCCAAUACUUGUUCAUAUUUUCUGAAGUAAG